GUGAGAAUGUGCAGACGAGACAGAGAUGUAUGGGAGCGUGUAGAAGCAGCCAACACAUUAGCAUACCUAACAGAAGUUAGUACUGAGCUUCAAAGAACAGCAGCAAUGACAGACCAUCUAAUUCUCACAAUGAAUGAUUAUCUCAAAGACCCUGUAUGUGGAACAAAUACUACUCAACCUAUAUGUGUAUCACCAAUUUCGAGCAGACAGUAUGACAAUCCAAGUACAUGGCCAGAGCUGAUGUUAGAAGCAGCUCUUAGAGUUUAUGCAUCACUAGGUGCAAAUGAUGAGGAUAUUAGACAGAAGGUUAUCAAAACGGAAGGCUUGAUGAACACUAUGGUAACGGCUCUGUCAGCUGCCUCUCCUCCAGUUCAGUUAGCAGCUGUUAGGUGUCUUCAUUCCCUCUCAAGAUCAGUACAUACUCUCAGGACAACCUUUCAGGAUCAUGUUGUUUGGAGGCCUCUUAUGACAGUUUUGAAGACCUCUAAUAGUGAAGAAUUAGUGAAAGUUGCUUCAUCAACUUUAUGUAAUUUACUGCUGGAAUUUUCACCUGCAAAAGAACAGAUAUUAGAUCAAGGUGCUGUUGAGUUUUUGUGCGGGUUGACCAGAAGACCCCAUCCUGGCCUUAGACUCAAUGCUGUAUGGGCCCUCAUGAACAUGGCUUUUCAGGCUGAACAUAGAGUAAAGGCUUCCAUUCUGCAUCAUCUUGGAACGGAUCAGAUUUUCCGUUUGUUGUCUGACAAUGAUGUGCACAUUUUGAUGAAAACUCUUGGACUUCUUCGAAACUUACUCUCAACAAAGGCACACAUUGACCAUAUAAUGCAGUGCCAUGGAAAGGAAAUUAUGCAGGCUGUUAUCCUCAUUCUUGAAGGAGAACAUCCAGCUGAGGUGAAAGAACAGGCAUUGUGCAUCUUAGCCAAUAUUGCUGAUGGAGAUGUGGCCAAAUCUGCCAUAAUGUCAAAUGAAGAUGUAUUAAAGAAACUUAUGAAUUACAUGGUUAUACCAAAUGUGAAACUGCAGAUUGCGGCAACAUUUUGCAUUAGCAAUUUGAUUUGGAAUGUGGAAGAUGGAUCUGCCGAAAGACAAAACAAACUUAGGGAAAUGGGUGUCUAUAAGAUUCUUCAGAAUCUUAUGGCAACUACAGAUACAGGAUUAUUUGACAAAGUGAAGACAGCAUUACAGCAGUUUCACUAGUGGCUAAUGGUAACUUUAUGUUCAACCACUUUCUCAUGGUUGUUUAAAUAAGCAUUACUGAUCUGUAAGCAUAGUAGAGAAGUGGGGAUGCUACUAAAGUUAUAUCUCAUCUAUUUUGUACACAUGUACAUAGCUAUUACUAUUAUUAUUAAGGCAUUAGAUGCAGUAGCAAAAAGGGUAAGUAAUUUUGUUUUGUAAAAACAUUGGAAACAAAGUUUUGUAUAUUUGGAGCUGUUUUAUUUUCAAAAUAGCAUAUUUUUAUUCCAAGAUUAUUAAUGCUCAAAGUUGUAAUAUAUUUACCAAUAUUGCUGUUAAUUUGCUUUAUUUGGUUCUAAGUGAUAUUAAUGGUAAAGACACUAGUAUGAUUUAGUCAAGCAGUCUUUGGAUGUCCAUCAUAAUACAAAUAUCUUUUAUGUUAUUAGCCUUAAUUGCCGGCAUGGGGUGAUUAAACUCGAGUGCUGAAUAGCUGGAGAACUAGUGAAGCAAUUGAGGGACAACAUUGCAUCUUGAUUAAAUUUUGGCCAAAUUCAUAAAAAAUUUGAAAGUUUUGAUGUAUUGUUAUACAACUGAUAAGUACAGUACAACCUUAUAUACGUAGCACUCGUGUCACUCUUAUUGUGUGUACCAUGUAAGGUUUUGUUGAUGCAUUUUUGUUCUCUGUUUUAUGUAUUUUGAUAUUACAGCAGUGCUUGUUGAGUUAUGUGGAUGGUUUUGGUCUUGUACAAUUGCCUCUUCCAAAGUGAAGACGUCUUGUCGCAUUUAUGUUGGGCGUUUUGUUGUAUUUUGUAUUAUGUGUGAUAGCUGCUUCUAAUGAUAGUUGAGAACAUUAUGCCAGCAGAAAGGGAAAGACCAUGAGGUUAAAAGAGAUGCUGUUUCCUUGGCUCAUAAGGCAGAGAGAAAGAGUAAUGAAAUAAUGUGUGGCUGGCCCUUCCACUCCAAGUUUCUGAGGGCAGUAGAUGCUGUCUCCAGAAUUAAAAAAAAAAAAAAUUUGUCAAACCAAAAUAUUAUGAAACAUGAUUAGAUUUGAAAGCUUGCCAUUUUUACCCAUUUUCAUUAAUUAAAUCUCACAUAGAAUUGGAAAAUGCUCCAGGUAUGGCAGGCAUGUUGCCAUGUCUUCUCUAGAUCAGGUCAGGUUAGUAGCUGAAUAAUCAUUGUUUUAUAUAUCCAGUUGUGAUGACUUUAACUGGAAGGUGCUCCACCACAAUGUGAGUGAAGUGCUAAGGUUUGAGAAGUGAUUUUCAAUUUCAGUUAUAUUUUAAAUAUAAGGAAAAAAAUUUUUUGGCCAUAUUUAUGACAGCUCAGUGCAUCUCACAGUUGAUUAAAUUCAGCUAAGCAAACAGUUGCAGGAUACUGUAUUGUCAUAUAUGUUUAGAAGGGGAAAACAGCAGAAAAAAUUUGAAGCUCCCAUUUUUUAUAUAAGUAAAGGAAACUGUGCACAGUAACAAACAUUGGUGGAUUUGCUCCAUUUCAUACAAUAACCUAAAAUGGUAGUUCCAACUUUAAGUAUGUUACAUAAGGUAAAAGAAAAUAGUAAUGGAUUUGGUGGUUGUAAAGAAUUUCUGUGUUAGUACUUACAGAUGUUGGAUGAAAUUAAAAAAGAUGCUAUGUAAAGAGAUUCGACAAUUGGAUUACUGUACAAUACUGAAUGGAGGAAGCAGAUUCACCUAGGCUGAAUGAAAGGUCUUGGGUAGUGUGGCGGUGUCACUAGUGAUAGGCAUGCUUUUUGAUAUUGUGGUUUUUACUAAAGGAGCAUAAUAUUUAAAUAAGACUUGUCAAGUCUUGUUUUGAUGAUGCAUUGACUGCAACCAGCAAUAGAGAUGUCUGCAGAUCAUAUGUUAUUAUUAAUAGGGGUUAGUUUUUCCAGACCUCUGAGUCUCAAUGCAGAUCAUAUGGAGGUGUAUUUUUUCUGUAGGGGCAAUAUUUAUGGAUUGGCAUGCAGUUGUUGUUAUUGGAGCUGCAUCAUCUCUAUGGAGGACUCCAACUACAACUUACAGAGAUCUAUUUCCAGUCUUAAAUAAUGCACACUGAAUGAAUUAGUUUAUAGCAUUUCAUACAAAUACUAUGAAUCAAUAAGUUGCUAAAUCAUACUGCCACAGGGAUCAGGGAAGGCAUUUUUCCAUUAGAGACCAGAGGUCUGAAUAUGAGUUUAUGGUUUGUUAACAGCUCUGUAAAGCUUAGCAUUUGGAUUAGCAAAUCUUGAACAGCUUAGUUGUCAAUUGUCUUCCAAAGUGAUUGUGUGGCAUAAAGUUACAAAGUCUGUAGUACGUGGAAUCCCAUGCAAAAUUUAAAUUUAUAUGCAAUAUCUUUGUAGAUUACUCUGGAAGCUCCUAUCAUUACUCUGGAAGCUCUUCCCAUUUCCUCCAAUUGUGCAGCGCGUUAAGGAAUAAGAGGUGAGAUGGACUGUGCAUUGGUGGGAAAUCAGGUUGCUUACUAUCGCUAGUUUGGAUCCAAUUGCUAUUCAGCACUCGGUUUGUCCUGUACUGAAAAAUAAGCUGUUUAUAUCUGUGACACAAUAAUUCCUUAAUUUGAAUUUCAUUUAAAUGGUAAUGUUUCUGUUGUCAUUUUUUAAGGGGUGUGAUAAUUUAAAGUAAUAUUUAAAGACUAUCCACUAAAACAGGAGUCUCACAUUGUCAAAAAGAAUUUGUUAUGUUUGGCGUGGUGAUACAGAAAUUGAGCUUGGGGAUUUUCUUGUGCAAGUGUAUAAGUAAUCUUCCAUGACUGUAGCUAAGAAAAAUAUGCCUCAUUAGCCUCCCGGCUUUAAGGGAAAUGGUGUCUACUGAUGCAAGACUAAUUUAUUUGGUUGGGUAUUUGUAUAUAAUGUAUCAUAGAAAUAAAUAUAUAUAUAUUUAAAUAUUUUAGAGGGAGUCCAAAUGCUGCAUAAGUGUAGGCAUCUGAGGUAUUGCGUAACCUCUUGAUAGUUGUAUGCUGCAUAAGGCUUUUUUGCCCUUCUUUACUUACCAUUUUGAGAAAAUUAAUUUUUAGGUUUUAAAAACCAUUGCUUUAUUAAUUCCUAUUUUAUUAAUUUUUUCAGUUUUUUUUAUAGUAUAAAACACUAAACAUCAGCUCUCUAAUAUCUUUUGGUUCUGUUGCUCAUUAGUAAGAGGAAGUCAAGACUGACUUUUGUUACUGAUUGCUUGAAGGCCUUGUAAAUGUUCAUAGCUUUUGGGAUAAACUGCUCAUAAUACUUUAUAACCAAAUUUUUUUUGACCGAGGAUACAGUUUAUGUGCUUCUGCCUUAAUAGACUCGCACAUCUGGCAUUUAAGUAAAGUUCUGACUUGGCAUUGGUGUGAAUAAACAAGAUGAUAAGACAGAUUUUAAGGCAAGCUUUGUAAGUUUGAAGUUUCUAAAUCCAAGGCUAAUAUAUAUAUUUUUCAGGAUAUUUAUUUGCUUAAUUAAGUAAUUAUCUAUACUGUUUGUGUACACAUUUCUGUAAACAGGAGAAAGGGAUGACUGAAUUGAAAUAGGAACUAUGAAUGUAAAUGCAAUAAUUUUUUAAAUAAAAUAUACAGGACAUUUCACACCAGGGAAAAUGGUUGCUAGAUAUUUUUCAAAGGUAUUACUCCAGCAUUAUUUCAAAAAUAUUGCUUCACUGUGUCGGAGCAUUGUUUAGCAUUCCGGUUAUAGUUUAGGUUAGGGAAAAAUUUUUUAAAGAUAAAUUUUUGGGAUGAAAAUGAAUUUAAUAUCUCUUAGCCA